GGAAGAAGGAGGUGACACCGCGCACCUAGCCUACUUCCUCAACUUAUCCAGGAGUAGCAGACUCUAGCUCCACACACUUAUGGGAAGUCUACUAAAGUAGUGCCUGAAACAGGUGGAUUCUCCCUCGCACAGCUACACACAACAUAUUGGGUUUUUUUUGUUCUGAGAAGGACCGGCAUCACCACAAAAUGAAUUCGCUCUCAGCUUGGUUUUGGAGUGAGAGUUUCUGGCUUCCACCGAAUGUUACUUGGGCGGAACUCGAGCACCCGCCACCAGGAGAGGAGUACCCCAGAGCUGACCAGCUACUCUCAUGCUUACCGCUUGCUUUUGGCGUGUUGGCUGUCAGGGUUUUAUUUGAGAGGCUAGUAGCCAAGCCCUGUGCCAACAUACUUCAGAUUCAGGCUGGAGAGAGCCGGCGAGCCCAGCCCAACGCUGUCCUGGAGAGGGUGUUUACAUCCACAACGAGUCCAGACUCGCGGCGGGUUGAGGGGCUCUCUAAGCAGCUGGACUGGGAUGUGCGGAAAGUCCAGAGAUGGUUCCGACUCCGGAGGAACCAGGACAAGCCCAGUACACUCACAAAGUUCUGCGAGAGCAUGUGGAGGUUGACGUUUUAUACCGGUAUAUUUACCUAUGCAAUUCGCUAUCUGUGGGUGUCUCCUUGGAUGUGGGACACACGGCAAUGCUGGUACAACUACCCAUUUCAGACGCUGAGUCCUGGCCAGUACAACUACUAUGUAGCUGAGCUGGCCUUCUACUGGUCCCUGAUGUUCUCCCAGUUUACAGACAUCAAAAGGAAGGAUUUCCUCAUCAUGUUUGUCCAUCACCUGGCCACCAUAACUCUCAUCACCUUCUCCUACUGUAACAACAUGCUGCGAAUAGGCACUAUGGUCAUGUGUGUCCAUGAUGCCUCCGACAUCGUGCUGGAGUUGGCCAAGUUGGCCAAUUAUGCAAAGUACCAGCGGAUUUGUGACACCGGCUUUGUAGUAUUCAGCAUCGUCUUCUUCAUCACGCGACUUGUCAUCUAUCCCUUUUGGAUCAUAUACAGUGUGCUGGUGGAGAGCUGGGAGAUUGUCGGUCCGUACAGGUCCUGGUGGCUGUUGAACAGCCUGCUUCUGGUCCUGCAGUCUCUUCAUGUCUUCUGGUUCUACCUCAUCGCUAGAAUCGCCAUCAAAGCCAUAUUCAAGGGCAAGGUGGCGAAGGAUGACCGCAGUGACAUCGAGAGCAGCUCAGAAGAGGAGACGGACACCAAUGUCAAGAGCAGGAACAAGUCACAACCCAACGGUAGCGAGCAAUCACCAAAAAAAGACAACGGGACCAAUGGCUUCACCAAAGGUGGAACAAAAGACCACUGAACACAGGGAGAGGUGAUUAUGAACUGGACACGGGGGUCUCUGAAAUGGAUCCCCUCUGCUGUGUGCCACUUAAAUGGGUCCCAGCUCUGUUUAACUGAACUUCAACUCUUCUUUCACUUUCAGAAAAACAAACCCUCUCAGAACUGGUGUGGGUUGUGAAGACGAUGAUAAAAUUGACAAUGUUUGCUGCCUUGAGGACCUAUUUAUCACUGUGUGUUUCUUUGUAUCAAGUUUACAACUUUGCCUUUGCUUAUAGUAGAAAUAGGGGAGGAAAGUUUUCAUAGAAGUUUUACCGGUCAAAUACUGCUUCUUCAUUUCUACAAUGUUUUGAUAACUCACUUUUUUUUACUUGGAGAGAGCUUUAUAGAUGAAACCGGUGAUAUUUUAAUGGUUGUAAGAGAUUGUGUGCCUUACUGAAUAUGCUGCCUCCCCUCAUUUGAGGGGGAAAAAAUAAAGUAGAAAUUAUCUGUA